AUGGUCGAUUUUCAGGCUAAAGCUUCAAAAGGAACGACACCUCUGCUGACUGCCUGUGUUCACGGAUCCGAUGAAAUUAUUCAAAUGCUCCUAUUGAAUGGAGCGGACACCUCGGAAACCGAUAAACGAAUGAACUCCGUUUAUCACAUAGCUGCCCUUCACGGACGAUGUGAUACCCUAAACUUACUACUUCAACAUGGUGGACCCACAUGCCAGAGAAUGCUGUGGGCGAGCAAUAACGAAGGAAAGACACCUUUGAGAAUGGCCGUCGAUGGUAACCAUCCGGAUACCGUUACCAUGAUCCUUAAGCUACAGCCUGAACACAAGGCUACUUUCGAUAUAAAAGACAAGUAUCUGCUUCAUGAGGCAGCGGCGAAAGGAUACGUUGAGGUGGCCGAACGCCUCAUUCAGAAUGGCUACGAUCCACGUCUUCGUGACGAGGACUUGCAGCUUCCCUUACACUGGGCAGCACAGUAUGAUCGGGUGGACGUGGCUCAACUUCUCGUCACUAUGGCACCCGAUUGUAUUGAAGACAGAGAUGAGGCUGGAAUGCCACCAUUUUUAACCGCCGUCGGCCAUAAUGCUCUCGGUGUUGUCAAAGUUCUCAUAGAGCACGGCACCGACAUCUUUGUAACCGACGACGAAGGGCGGACCGCGAUCCACAUUGGAGCCAAAUUCAACGCAAUCAAGGUGUUGACGCAUAUCCUCGAUUUAUGUCGUGAAAAACGGAAAGUCGAAGGUGACCGGAUUCCGGACCUUGUUAACCAGCCGGAUCACAGUCAGAUGACUCCUAUGCAUAUCGUCUGCUCUAAUGGAUACAUUGAAGUGCUCUACCAGUACGGAGCCGCUUUAGAUGCAUUGGACGAGGACGAGGAGACUCCAUUGCUUCUAGCCGCCAGAAAAGGAGAAACGAUAAGCGUUCGACAACUCCUUGAAUGGGACAAGCGCUUGGUACUACACAAAAACGACGACGCUGACACCGCAUUGCAUUUAGCAGCUAAAUACGGUAAAGCCGAGACAACGAAGGUGCUGUUGGAUGCUGGGGCGGAUAUCGAAGCGAAAAAUUCUCACGAAGACACCGCUCUGCAGUGUGCCGUUGACGGUGGCCAUCUGAACACCGUCCAUCAACUGCUCGAACGACACGCCGUUCUUGAGAACAAGGACGAUCUAAGUUUUAGUCAGCAGAGCGCUGAAAUCACUGUCUUCAUUCAUGUGUCCAGAAAGUGGCAUGGGUACCAACUGGCGUUGUCCCAGGUUUCCUGA